AUGGGGUACAUGGUUGCUCAGAAGGGUGGAUACGAUCGUGUUGGGUUUACAAAGAAGGAUCUGUAUAAUUAUUUUGAUAAAAAAAUGCGUGCUACUAUUAAAGAUAGUGACGUUGCCGCUGCUUUAAAUUAUCUACAUGCGAAGUCAUCUACUGAUCCCAUGCUAUAUGCUAAAUAUGUCGUCAGCAGUGAUGGACGAAUGAAGUCUCUUUUUUGGGCUUAUGGGAGUAGUAGAUCUGACUUUUUGUUUUGGCGAUGUGGUUACAUUCGACACGACUUAAUAGAAGAACAAAUACAACUACCCAUCAUUGGUUAUAUUUUCAGGUGCAUGGAAGAUAAAUAUCCAGAAGCAAUUGUAACAGACAGAGAUGGGGCAAUGAGGGGAGCUAUAAAACAAGUGUUUCCGGAUGCGACACAUCGUUUAUGCGCUUGUAAUUUGAAUAAGAAUGCAGGUGAGAAUGUAAAGAAUUCGAGAUUUUUGCAAGGUUUUCAAAAAUCCAUGUACUCUAAUUUUACAAAGGAUGAAUUUGAAGAGUUUUGGUCAGAGCUAAUUAAAGAAAACGAACUUGAAGAAAAUCUUUGGGUUGAGAAAACGUACAAGAAUAAGUCACUAUGGGCAACUACAUACCUAAGUGACAAGUUUUUUGGACGUAUAAGAACUACGUCUCAAUGUGAAGCCAUCAAUACAAUCAUCAAGAGUUAUGCUUUGAGAUCUUAUAGAAACAAUGAGCUGACUGCCGAUUUUAAAUCAAAGUUUACAGAACCUAUGAUGACUACUCACCUGGGUUUGCUUGAGAGGCAUGCCGCGAAAAUUUAUACUACGGAGAUUUUCAAAGAAGUCAAAGAUGAAAUAACGAAGGCUGGAUCAUUGAUUGUUAAGGCAAAAUUUGGUUGUAGCGGAGUUAAGACUUAUAAACUUAAUAAAUAUUUUCGUGACAAUUAUGAAAUAGAGGUUGUGUAUGAUGGUGACACACUUCAAUGUGAGUGUAAGUUAUGGGAGUCUCGUGGGAUUCCAUGUUCUCAAACCGUGGUUCCAGUGUGGACUGGUAAGGUUAGAAUACCUCCAUCUAUAUAUGCUCUUGAGUGCACCGUGACAGAUCCUCCUACAAGAAUGUUUGUUCGUUUUAUGAAGUAA